GGAGGGCAUCCAGCACGGCAGCGUUCCCCACCCUCGCGUCGCAUCCCAAAUUCGUUAAUCCCAUCGCCCUUGCUCGAUCCCUCUCGAGUCUCCUCCCUUCCCCCGUCCCCUUUCCCCUCUCGGAUCCGACCCCCCGCGGUCCGCCCCUCGCCGCCGGCGACCAUGUCCAAGUACGGCACCAUCCCCACCUCCUCCUCCGCCGCCGCGGGGGCGCCCCACCUCGGCGGCGCCUCCCCGCUCGACUUCAUCUCCCGCGCCAAGGCCCGCGGCGCGACGGCGCUGGCCACGCGCCGGCCAUGGCGCGAGCUCGCGGACGUGCACGCCGUCGGGCUGCCCCCGAGCCUCGGCGACGCCUACCUGCGCGUGCGCGCCAACCUCGCCCACUUCGCCAUGAACUACGCCAUCGUCGUCCUCGUCGUCGUCUUCCUCUCCCUCCUCUGGCAGCCCAUCUCCCUCAUCGUCUUCCUCGUCUGCAUGGUCGGCUGGCUCGUCCUCUACUUCCUCCGCGACGAGCCCAUCGUCCUCUUCGGCCGCGUCGUCGGCGACGGCGUGGUCCUCGCCGUGCUCGCUGCUGUCACGCUCAUCCUCCUGCUGCUCACCGGCGCCACCACCAACAUCCUCACGUCGCUGCUCAUCGGCUUCGUGCUCGUCGUGGUGCACGCCGCUCUGCACAAGGCGGAGGACAACGUUGACGAAGAGGUCGGCCGCUGGUACGCGCCGGUGCCAGCGCAGUAGUGUGAGAUCGCUCGCCCUCCAACUCUUGGGCCUGAGUGUGCUCGAUUCUCCUGGUGUCCUCCUUUCGUUCUCAAGUAUUCUAUGAGUGUAAGUUUAGCAUUGGUAUAUGGUCUCGGCCCAGUCAGGAUGAAGAACUUGUAGCUGGUGGUUCGUCUUCCGCAUGACGCUGGUUCAUCCGAAGCUUUUGAUCCAGUGAUGAUGGAAGGUUGUAAACUUUGGUCGUUGCGUGCAGUUCAAAGAUUUUCCCUUGUUUAUUUACAUUUAGCAAAUAUGGGAGAGAACGAAUCUGCACUCUGAAGUGUGAGAACUCAGCUGGCAGGGGCCCUCUCUUUGAGGCUGGUAUACAUUACUUCGUGCUGGUAAUUUCUGAUCUACUCACGUGGUUCCAUCUUGUAUGCACACGGUUUUGUUUGAAAGAGAUUGUCCGUUCCGUGCUGAUUAACUGUGCGGCUACUAUCUGCAACCUGCCGGACAUCUUGGGAAGUCUAUGUAGGAAAUUGUUUUACUCUGUUCAUUUUAUUUACUAUAUCUUCUGAAAUACAGGAUGUGUAUUGUUCA